AUGUUUAGGCUGGGCAGCAUUGUCCAAGUCUUUCGCAUUAACCCCAACAUGCGCUCAAACACUUCCGGCCUUCAAAUGCCAACUGCAGGCCUGCGCGUUUCCCGUUUCCGGGGUGGCAAGCCCUCCCGUUGCGGUUCGCAAGUUGCUCGCAACACCGCCUACUUCGCCCGGGGUGUGGCCAUUAACGUGGCCAAUGACGGCACCCCGCACAUCUGCUUCGGUACAUCCGCGGGUGCCGUAUUCGCCCUGGAGCUCUCCGAGGCGGAUGGCAAGUUCAAGAGCGCGCUGGUGCCGCUGCCAAAGCACCACAAGACGGCUAUCACGGCGGUGGGGUCGGCGUAUCAGUCACGGCAGGGCAAGUGGACUGAGGACCUAGGGUGCCAUUUGGUUACCUGUGAUGAGGCGGGCGGUAUCGCCGUGUGGCUGGCUGAGAGGAUCGGCAAGCAGGGUUUCUCUCUGGUGACCGCCGUACCACCCACUGGUCAGCCCGCGGUGUCCGUGGCAGUACGGAGGGACCUAGUCGUGGCGGCAAGGCUCGACGGUGCCGUACAGCUGUACGGCCUGCGUGACGGCAAGCUGCGUGCCGACCUUGGCGCCCACUCCCGGUUCAUAUCCGCGAUGGACAUCCACCCCACGAAGGACAUCAUUGCCACGGUUUCGGAGGAUUGCUCUCUGGGGGUGUGGGGCCUGCCCAUUGGGGGAGCGAAGGCCGAGUGUUUGCUGAGCGUGUGCUGGAUGCAUGCCAUGCUGACUGGGGUGGCCUUUUGCGGCGCGAAUUCGGAUGACGUGGCAGUGGUGGCGUACGACACGGACGAAGUACAUUUGUACAAAUAUAAAGCAUGA